GCGUUCACACACACACGGCGUGGCUUGGAGGGAAAAGCACAAGGGAAUGACUGACACAAACAGACGAGUGGAAACUCUCACGGCUGGAAGAUAAAGAGAAACCAAUGAGAACUUUUGUGGACAAAAACAGAGAAACCAUCGAAAAGAAACAGAAAAGAAAAGGACUCUAUGAAAAGUGCACAAGGAGGGAGGAGGUGUAGUGUGGAACCGAGGAACCCUGUGAGAACAGAAGCUAAAAAAAGAAAGAGAGAGAGAGAAAGAGAGAGAGGGGGAGGAGAAAAGUAAAUACAUUGAAAGCACUGAAGGCUUUUGGAGGCACUGAGACAGAAAGUGAAAAAGAAGGGGAUUUUUGAGAGAGAGGACGUCUUCAGAUAAACGAAAGGAGUGAAGGAUCGUUUACACUCGUCUGAUAUGGAACUUAAAUGUGCUUUCCUGCUUUUAGGCCUCCUGCUGGUGGUGUUUCCUGAUGAAGCUGAAUCGUGUCGUUUGGGGUUUCUGAAGAUAGGGGAAGACUGUGUAGAUGAGGAUGAGUGUGAAGAGAACAUAUGUGGUGAGCACGCGGUCUGUUUUAACACACGCGGGAGUUAUUACUGCCAGUGCAAGAACGGGUUCACAUCCAGAACUGCAAACUUCACCGCCACCACCGGACAAUGUCAAGAUAUAAACGAGUGCAUAGUGAACAGUUCAAGCCCUUGUCCCGAGAAUGCAGAGUGUCAAAAUGCGAUUGGUUCCUAUAAGUGUGUGUGUUUACCUGGGUUUCAAGAUAAAAGAUUAGGAUCUACAUUCACCUGUGCAGACAGUGAUGAGUGUGUGUCAAUGCCCACUGUGUGUGGACCGCAUGGUGUGUGCAGAAACACACUUGGCACAUUCACCUGCUCAUGUCCCACAGGGUUCCGUAACCAAGGCAACAGCAAUACCCCUUGUGAAGACAUUGAUGAAUGCGAUGGGGAAGAACAUGUGUGUGGUGAAGAUGGCAUUUGUUCCAAUAGUGAAGGCAGUUACUCUUGCCAGUGUAACCCUGGUUACAGUAACUAUGGAAACAAUCAAACUAAAUGCACAGAGUUGAAAUGUAACAGAAUCAACAGCACAUCUCAAAAGCAGGAUGUUGCAGUGAUGGGGGAUUUGUUGGAUCUGUUCAUGACAAGUUGUGAGUCAUUAAGUGGCUCAUCGAGGGAACAACGCACAGGAGAAACAUUACUGGAGAACCUGCUGAAUGUGACAGGUGGUGUGUUAUCAGGUGGGAACCUGAACUCCAGCUCGACUCUGAGUGUGUUUUUCGGAGCAGUGGAGAACACAAUGAGGCUCAUCGCACCUCAGCUCAACAAACACACAACCAGGAUGGACAACGAGGACACUGAGGCGUGGCUUACAGUCAGGAAGGAUCUGACUCCGCCCACUGGACCUGUCACACUGGACACAGACAAUGUGCAGCUUAACAUGAGCUGGGAAACAGCAGUGGGAUCCAAUUACCCUGGUUUUGCAUUUGUGGCGUUAGUCAGUUAUAAAACUCUGAACUCCACCAGCGUGUCGUCUCCAGUGAACACAGACACAGAAUCAUCACACAGAAACACCACCUUCCUGCUCAACUCGGAAGUGGUGACGGCACUCGUCAGUAACACGGAAACACACUCCCUGCCCGAGCCUGUCACACUCACCUUCAGACACAAGAAUGAGAGAAAGGUGUCCAAGGGCCUGAACUACAGCUGUGUGUAUUGGGAUAAGGCCCAGGGUGAAGGGGUGUGGUCAGGGCAGGGAUGUGUGAAGGCCGUGUUUAACUCCACCCACGCCGUGUGUACCUGGAGUCACCUGAGCAGCUUCGCUGUUCUCAUGGCCCUCUAUCCCAUAAAGGACACGUUUGAGUUGGUGUGGAUCACGCGGGUCGGUCUCACCAUCUCCAUCAUCUGUUUAUUCGUUUGUAUCCUGACGUUCUGGUUCUGUCGCUCCAUCCAGGGAACUCGCACAACGAUACACCUCCACCUGUGUGUUUGCCUCUUCAUCGCCAACAUCAUCUUUCUCUUCUUCAUCUCCAAAACACAGAACAAGGCCGGUUGUGCUUCAGUCGCAGCGCUCCUCCACUUCUUCUACCUCGCUGCGUUCUGCUUCAUGCUGCUGGAGGGGGUGCAGCUCUACCGCAUGCUGGUGUUGGUUUUCCACACCACGCUCCACCCGCUCUACCUGUAUGCUGUGGGAUACGGCAUUCCUCUCGCCAUCGUCAUCAUCUCUGCCAUCACCUUUCCGUCCGGCUACGGCACCGACCGCCACUGCUGGCUUUCUCCUGACCAAGAUUUCAUCUGGAGUUUCUUUGCACCAGUCUGCAUCAUCCUCCUCCUCAACAGUUUCUUCUUCAUUAUAACCAUCUGGAAACUGGCCAAAAAAUUCUCCAGCCUCAACCCAGACCUCUCCAAACUAAAAAGACUCAGGGGUUUCCUCCUGACGGCUGUAGCUCAGCUGUGUGUGUUGGGGGGGAUGUGGAUUUUUGGUUGUUUCCUCUUUCAGGAGGAGGGGACACUGGUAAUGGCAUACCUCUUCACUCUUUUUAACAGCCUGCAGGGGGCGCUCAUCUUCAUCUUGCACUGCCUCAUGAGCAAAUCGGUGAGAGAGGAAUAUAAGAAACUUUGCAGCCAUGUGUGCAUAUCAGACAAGAAGAGAUAUUCUGAAUUCAGCACCAAUCAGUCCAGUAACAGUCAGCGGCCUCUCAGGAGUGCUCCAAGCACAGGAGAAUCACAGAUAUGAAGCUGGACACCAUUUCAACUUACAUUGGACUUUUCUAUAACAUGAGGACUUACUGACAGUCGAAAGUGUCAUAAGAGCGACGCACCUCUUCAGUCAGGCUAAUGGGCACAGACACAGAACAACCGUCUUCAUCUAUUCAGCCAACGGGAACUGAUCUACAAACGUUUGUUUCUUCCAUCUAGUCAGUAGGAACUGACUGUAGAAAUGCUCAGAUCUUCUAUCCAGCUAAUUGAAAUAAAACCACAAGGGUUUAUGCUAAUUCUUCCAUUCAGCGAAUUGCAGUGGCCAUUAGCUUUGCAUGCAAGCAAUAAAAAGAGACUCUUUAGGUUUCUAUUUUGGCCAAUUGAGGGGAACAAAAAGAAAAAGGAAAAAAAAGCUCUCAUUGUGUCCAGCCGAAUAAGACAAACAUAAGUUGUGUCAGGAUGAUCACUUCCGAGCCACUCACGAUGGACAGAAUUAACCUUUUAUAUAAUAUUAUUCCAACGCAUCUGUCAUAUGAUGAUAUAUUCAUACUAGUCACUUUAUGCUCAUCUGUGGUAAAAAAAAAAAAAGGUACGUUAGAGUGACAAACAAAAACUCCAACAGAGUCAAGCUUGAAGUGCUUCAAUACAUUUAUAUAUUUAUUUUUAAAAAAUAAAAUAAAAAUAUUCCAAAAUUGACCAAGUUUUAACAAUGUUGAAAGAUAAUUUGUUAGCUAGCUAAGAGCUAAAAGCACGAUGAGGACUUGAGCCUGUGCUUUUCUACUCUAUAUACUGUUGUGAGGCAGCACGGUGGUGUAGUGGUUAGCACUGUCACCUCACGGCAAGAAGGUUCUGGGUUCAAGCCCAGUGGCCAAUGGGGGCCUUUCUGUGUGGAGUUUGCAUGUUCUCCCCGUGUCUGCACAGGUUUCUUCUGGGGCCUCCAGCUUCCCCCACAGUCCAAAGACAUGCAGGUUAGGUAAACUAGCUACUCUAAAUUGUCUAUAAUGUGUGAGAUAGCAGAAAGGAACUGGCUGCAAUUCCAGCCAAGUCAACCAAACAUGGUGCGCUUCAAGCCUGGAUCGGGUUCAGCACUGAUAACGACGACACUGUUGGGAAAGUUUAUAUGUCAUGUUUUUAUUAUAAAACUUGCAUCUUCUAAAUUUUUUUAAUGAAAGUUUGAGGAAAGCUGAUCCAUGGGCCAACAAACAAUUGAUUAGAUUUUGAUGCAAAUCUAGAUAUGUUUGUGGAUCCAGGAUUUUUUUAGUUUGUUUGUUCUUAACGUAACUCAAAAUGUAGUGAACGGAUUUGGAUUAAAUUUGGUGGACAGCUUUAGCAUUGUCCUUGGUUGAAGUGCUUUGAUUUUGAUAUUGAUAACAUGUAUCUUGACGGACGUAUGUGCUCUACCAGGCGUCCUUCUAGUUAAAAUUGUCUUGCUUGCAAAUUUGAAAAGCGAGCCCAUUCCUGAUCAUCACAAUCCAGUUCAGAUCUUCACAGAUGGUUCAGUUUUCAGAAAUAGUGUCUAUCACAGGCGCAGUGGGGUCCAAUUGGAGUCAACAUCACUGUGCAUUCAUCGUGUCAUACUGUAUGUUAGAAUUAAAUAAAUGAACCAAAUACCAUGUGAGCAGGAUAUUUCAUUUUUGUUCUCUAUGAGGAUUUUGCUUGUUUUUUAAUAUGAAGCUAAAUCAAAUUCAUUCCUUUUUAAUAAUGAUAAAAAUAAAAGCAGUUCUUAAUCAUGGACUUGGAUGUUUAGACCCUGCUGUAUGCACAAAAACUGAUUUUUUUUUAUCAGAAAGCACUUUUAUUCUGAUGUCUUAAGCUUAGUUUAUAGUUUCACAUCUUAUGAAUGUGUAAUUAAUUCACUUCCUAUUUUUAUUUUAAAAGCUUUUAUAUCUUUUGAAGGGAUUGUUUUUUUUUAUUUUCAGGUAUUUUUGUACUUGUUUUCCUGCUCCGUUGCACUAUUGUGUUAAAAAUCAAUCUCUUGAGGUUGCACUCUGAAAUAAGCUCAGGGUGAGACAAGCCCCUGAUUCGGUACUGAUGCUUUCUCCAGCUUUUAAUAAAAAAAAACACACUUCCAUGCA